UGGUUUAAUAAGUAUAUUACGAUGUAUCGUUAAUUAACUAACGAUAAAGUGACAUCUCGGUGUUGUUAGACAACUUAAAGUGUAAAAUAACAACAAUAAGAUCCUAUAUAAAACAUUGGGAGAGAGAGAGAGAGAGAGAGAGAGAUAGAGAGUAAUAUUAAAGGGUCCCAUGUUGUUGUUGGGACAAGGUACAUGGUAGGGCAAACCCUAACCCGGUUUGGAGAAACUGCAUGGGCUUGUACAAAGUUGCCUCAAGAGACAAUAUUUGUGGUCUGUUCUUGGACCCCACACCUCACAUGAUCUUGUUUCUUCAACCUCUUCAACCUCUUUCUUCUUCUUCUUCUUCUUCUUCUUUCAUAUAUUUCUUCUCCAUAAAUACUCUUGUUUUCAAUCUAUUUCCUUCCCCACCACCAUCUUCACACACUCAACAUAAUAAUAAUAAUAAUCUCUUCUCUUCUCCAAUCUCUCUGGCCCUAAAGCUUUGAAUACACUAAGCCUCAAAAACUGCUAUAUAUAUAGAUAUAAAUGGCUCUCAAAAAACCCAAUAAGCUACCUCAAAGCACGGCUGUGAUCAAGCAAAUCCUGAAAAGGUGUUCGAGUUUUGGGAAGAAGAACAAUAACAACCAUGGUUGCAACAACGAGCAAGUAGGGCUAAUUCCAGAUGAUGUUCCGAAAGGGCAUUUUGCUGUUUAUGUUGGUGAGAAUAGAAGCAGAUACAUCAUACCAAUUUCAUGGCUGGCUCAACCUGAGUUCCAAACCCUACUUCAGAGGGCUGAAGAAGAGUUUGGCUUCAACCACCACAUGGGUUUAACCAUCCCUUGUGAAGAAGUGGCUUUUCGAAAUCUAACUUAUUCCAUCAUGAUGAGAUGAAUAUAUAUAUAUAUAUAUAUAUAUGUAUACAUCUCUAGGGUUUCAAUUCGAUCAUGAAUGAGUCUCUCUUUCUUUUCUGGUCCUCAGAUCAGAUCUCUGCUAGUAAAUUCCUAACCCUAGCUAGCUUCCAUCUUAUUAUUAUGUACGUACGUACGUAUAUAUAUAUAUAUCUUAUUAUGUAAUGCUUUCUCUUUUCUUUUUCCUGGGAUUAAUGAUAAUGAUCUCAGUGAUUUUGUACAUAUAUUUAUGUAUUUAUGCUUCUAUAUAGUUGCUGAGAGAACUGUCGAAAUUUGAAGAGUAAUUAAUAAUCAAUAGGGUUAAUUAUCCUUA